AUGGAGUCCCGGGAAGACGCUCCGCGGUCUCGCCGCCAUGCCAGCUCCCGUAGUGAGAGUGAGCCCCCAAAAUUUCACGAGCGCACAGUUUCAGCCUUUUUCACAGGUCCAGAGGAGUUAAAGGACUCGGCCCAUUCUGCAGCCAUGCUGGCACAGCUCAAGUCGUUCUAUGACGCGCGGCUGCUGUGUGAUGUGACCAUCGAGGUGGUGACGCCUGGCAGCGGGCCUGGCACGGGCCACCUGUUCCCCUGCAACCGCAACGUGCUGGCCGCCGCGUGCCCCUACUUCAAGAGCAUGUUCAUGGGCGGCAUGUACAAGAGCCAGCAGGCCAGUGUGACCAUGCACGACGUGGACGCCGAGUCCUUCGAGGUCCUGGUGGAGUACUGCUACACGGGCCGUGUGUCCCUGAGCGAGGCCAACGUGCAGCGCCUGUACGCCGCCUCUGACAUGCUGCAGCUCGAGUACGUGCGGGAAGCCUGCGCCUCCUUCUUAGCCCGCCGCCUUGACCUGGCCAACUGCACGGCCAUCCUCAAGUUUGCCGAUGCCUUUGGCCACCGCAAGCUGAGAUCUCAGGCCCAGUCCUAUAUAGCUCACAACUUCAAGCAGCUCAGUCGGAUGAGUUCGGUUCGGGAGGAGUCUCUGGCCGACCUGACCCUGGCCCAGCUGCUGGCCAUCCUGCGCCUGGAUAGCCUGGACAUAGAGAGUGAGCUGACGGUGUGCCACGUGGCCCUGCAGUGGCUGGAAGCUGCGCCCAAAGAGCGGGGCCCCAGUGCUGCCGAAGUCUUCAAGUGCGUCCGCUGGUCGCUCUUCACGGAAGACGACCAGGACUACCUGGAAGGGCUGCUGGCCAAGCCCAUUGUGAGGAAGUACUGCCUGGACGUCAUUGAAGGGGCCCUGCAGAUGCGCUACGGGGACGUGUUGUACAAGUCACUGGUGCCGGUGCCAAACAGCAGCACUAGCAGCAGUAGCAGCAGCAGCUCCGUUGUCUCUGCAGGAGAAAAUCCACCGCAGAGGCUGGGUAUGUGUGCCAAGGAGAUGGUGAUCUUCUUUGGACAUCCCAGAGAUCCCUUUAUGUGUUUUGAUCCGUAUACUGGGGAUAUUUACAAAGUGCCUUCACCUUUGCCCUCCCUUGCUGUUACUGGAGUUGUCAUCACUUUCGCUGUCUGUGUCUCUCCAGACCAUGACAUCUAUCUAGCUGCCCAGCCCACUAAAGAAUUCUGGGUGUACAAACCAGCCCAAAAUAGUUGGCAGCAACUUGCUGACCCCUUGCUGUGUCGUGAGAGCAUGAAGAUGGCAUAUCUCAAUGGCUACAUUUACAUUUUGGGUGGGCGAGACCCUGCUACUGGAGUGAAAUGGAAGAAAGUGGAAUGUUAUAGUGUUCAGAGGGACCAGUGGGUGUUGGUGGCCUCACUACCUCAUUUUAUGUCCUUUAACCUACUGGUAAUUCCAAACUAUCUCUAUGUCCUCAACAAUAAGCACAUGUACUAUUAUGAUCCUAGCCACAAUAUGUGGCUGAAGUGUCUUUCUGUUAAGCACAGUAGCUUACGUGGAGCAUGUGUCUUUAAUGAUGAGAUCUAUUGUAUCUGUGAUCUACCCAACAUGAAGGUCUAUAACCCUGUCAGAGCGCAGUGGAGGCAGAUUAAUAAUAUUCCCUUGGUGGUAGAGACCAACAACUACAAGAUUAUCAACUAUGGCCAAAAAUUGUUGCUUAUCACCUCACACACCCCAAAAUGGGAAAUAAACCGAGUGACUGUGUAUGAGUAUGAUAGUACAGAAGACCGAUGGAUAAAUACAGACACUCCAUUAGGCCUCUUGCAGUUCGACUCUUACUUUUUGUGCCUCUCAGCUCGUGUUUAUCCUUGUUGCCUUGAAUCUGGUCAGAGCUUCCUCAUUGAAGAGGAUAUACCAAGUGACUGUAGUACUGAUUAG